GCUCGUUCUGGGUGCUGAUACGGGAGCGCGCCUCUCUUUUCUGCGCUGGCUGAAGAGGUCGGCAGCUGCUGUUGGCGUGUGCUGUACUGUGCUGCGCUGCGCUGCUGUGUCUGUGUUUAUGGCUAUCUGAAUGCAAACGCUGGAGAGUGAGAGAGACUUCCAACCGCUGUAUGCAGCGAGUGCAGUCAGCUUUAAGACGGGAGAAGCUAGGUGCAGACUCAGAGAGUCAAGGAAUGAAAAUAAGACCCGACCCCCAUCACGUCUGCCUGUGUUUCAAACUGAAGAUGCGCUUCCAACAGAUUUGGAAUACAGUUCGACAGGUGUUGGAGGAGCUAUGAAGACGUGUCUAGGAUUAAUAGCUUCUCAUCCAACUAUGACGACCACGGCUACCACUACUACGAGUUCACCAGUGUGUGCCUAAAACUGGCUUCAUCUUUUGGUUUGUUUGUUUUGUGUUUGGCUUUUUCUUGUUUUUUUGUUUCUUUUUGUUUGUUUUUGGAGAAGAGCAGUUACUGUUUUUUUGUUUGUUUUUUUCUCUCAAAAGGAAGAUUGUUGCAGAUCAGCUAAAUAUUUAAUAACAUCCCACCACUCAUACUGAAACAUCCGAGCGAUGGAAAACUUCAUUUGGAUCUACGAAUCAGACAGUAAAAUAUCUAAUAACUGUUGCUAACAGCGAUCAGGACAAAUGACAUAGGAUGAUCACUGCUGGUCACCUCUUUCUGUCUGUGCUGUCAUCCCUUCUUGUGCUGGCUGCGGGCUUGGAGCUUCUGAGUCAGGACAACGUGUGCUCCACGGUGGUCGCGGGGGUGCUGUACGGCUCCUUCUCGCUCAAGGACGUCUUCCCCAAGAUCGCGGCGGGCUGUUCCUGGACCCUGGAGAACCCAGACCCCACCAAGUACUCGCUCUACUUCAAAUUCAAUUGGGAGGAGCACGCUUGCCUCCACUUCUCCCCUAUGGUGUUGCCGCUGGACCACUACCUCUCCAACCACACCUGCACCCAGCUGGACUACAUCGACUACGAAGGAGUGGAACUGUGCGAAUCCAGGGCUCCCGUCACCUUCCUCCAGUUCGACAAGAACUUCGUGCAGCUCUGCUUGACCAGAGAACCAGAGGACGUGCCGUUCCUAGCGGAGGAGACUCUGGAGUUCCACCUCGUGGAAGUUCUGCUCAUCAACAAUGAGAACUCCAGCCAGUUCACAUGCGGGAUCCUGUGCCGCUGGUUUGAGGAGUGCCUUCGCUCCAACAGAAAGAGUGAACACUGUGGAAUUACCCAGACGGGAUGUAUCUGCCCAGAGGUCCUCCCCCCACCCCCGCCUCUGUCGGCGACCAGGCAAAAUGAGUCCGUCUCCAAUGUGAUACUCCCCCCACCCAGCAGUGAUUGCUGCGUCACCGAAUUGCAUUCUACGAAUGCUAACGAUAUAGCCCCCAGAGACGCCAGGCAAGAUCAUGAUGUAGACGAGGAACAGAAGGUGAAGACCCAACGACCCAGAUCAGCUGAUCAACCAGGCACCUUCCAGGCACAGACAGGAGACCCUGCCGCGGAGGAGUGGUCCCAGUGGAGUGUAUGCUCACUGACCUGCGGACAGGGCUGGCAGGUCCGGACGCGCUCCUGCGUCUCCUCUCCGUACGGGACUCUGUGCAGCGGACCCCUGAGAGAGACAAGGCUCUGCAACAACACGGCCACCUGCCCAGUGCACGGGCUGUGGGAGGAGUGGUCCCCGUGGAGUUUGUGCUCGGUAUCGUGUGGGAGAGGGUCCAGAAUGAGAACGCGGACUUGCAGCGCUCCGCAGCACGGAGGAAAGGCCUGCGAGGGGCCCGAGGUGCAAAAUAAACUCUGCAAUAUCGCUGUGUGCCCCGUGGAGGGGCAGUGGUUGGAGUGGACUCCCUGGACCAGGUGUUCAGUGACGUGUUCCAACGGCACUCAGCAGCGCACGCGGCGGUGCAGUGCCUCAGUUCACGGCUGGACCGAGUGCAAAGGUCCCCAUGCGGACACUCGGAACUGCGUUCUCACAGCCUGCCCAGCGGAUGGGAAGUGGGGUAACUGGAACCACUGGAGCCUGUGCUCUAAGACCUGCGACACAGGCUGGCAGCAGCGGUUCCGGAUGUGCCAGGGGACGGGGGAGCAGGGCUACCCCUGUGAGGGGUCAGGGGAGGAGGUACGCACCUGCAACGACAAGAAGUGCCCAGCUCCCCAUGAGAUGUGCCGGGAUGAAUAUGUCGUGUCCAUGACCUGGAAGAGAGCAGCAGCCGGGGAGAUCGUUUACAACAAGUGUCCAUCAAACGCAACAGGAUCUGCCAGUCGUCGUUGUUUGCUGGACACUAAUGGAGUUGCUUACUGGGGCCCUCCGAGCUUCGCCAGAUGCAUCUCACACGAGUACAGAUACUUACAUCUAUCACUUCGAGAGCAUCUUGCGAAGGGUCAGAGGACCCUGGCUGGGGAAGGUAUGUCUCAGGUCGUGAGGAGUCUCCUCGAGUUAAUGUCCCAGAAGAGCUAUUACAGCGGAGACCUCUUGUUCUCAGUGGAGAUUCUCCGAAAUGUGACCGACACCUUCAAGAGAGCAACCUACAUCCCAGCAGCAGACGACAUACAGAGAUUCUUCCAGGUAGUCAGCCUCAUGUUGGACGUUUUAAAUAGAGAGAAAUGGGACGAUGCACAGCAGGUCUCCCCGGGCUCAGUGCAUCUGAUGCGGGUCGUGGAGGAUUUCAUCCACCUGAUCGGGGAUGCGCUCAAAGCGUUCCAGAGCUCUCUCAUUGUCACCGACAACCUGGUGAUCAGUAUCCAGCGCGAGCCAGUGACGGCCGUCUCCAGCGACAUCCACUUCCCGACGAAGGGCAGAAGGGGGAUGAAGGACUGGGCUAGGAGCUCGGAAGACAAGCUCUUCAUCCCCAAGGAGGUCUUCACCCUGGCAUCAUCAGAAUCGGAUGAGGCCUCGUACUUCGUAAUAGGAGCCAUCCUGUAUCGAACGCUGGGGCUGAUCCUGCCGGCACCCAAGAGCCCCUUGGUGGUCAGUUCCAAGGUUCUCACGGUGACGGUCAGGCCACUUCCCAAACCACAGGAACCAUUGGUGGUGGUGGAGCUCUCUCCCGUUUUAAAUGGCACCUCGGACCCUCACUGCGUCAUCUGGGACUACUCGAAAACAGAGGCUGGCACUGAAAACUGGGACACACAAGGCUGCCAAACGCUCCAAUCUCCUUCCAUCCACACCAAAUGUCUUUGCGAUCAGAUCUCCACCUUCGCAGUGCUUGCUCAGCAACCUAAAGAUCUGGCUAUGGGUCCUUCCGGAGUGCCAUCAGUCCCUCUAAUGAUCGGGUGUGCAAUCUCAUGUACGGCCCUGCUCAUUUUGUUGGCUGUUUAUGCCGCUUUUUGGAGGUAUAUAAAGUCAGAGCGGUCCAUCAUCUUGCUCAAUUUCUGCCUGUCCAUCUUGGCAUCAAAUAUCCUCAUUCUCGUGGGCCAGUCGCAGACUCUCAGUAGGGGGGUGUGUACGAUGACCGCCGCCUUCCUCCAUUUCUUCUUCUUGUCCUCGUUCUGUUGGGUGCUGACGGAGGCGUGGCAGUCCUACCUGGCCGUGAUUGGCAAGAUCCGGACACGCCUCAUCCGCAAGCGCUUCCUCUGCCUGGGCUGGGGAUUGCCUGCGUUGAUUGUCGCUGUGUCUGUGGGGUUUACCCGAGCCAGGGGAUACGGUACAGCAAGCUACUGCUGGCUCUCCCUGGAAGGUGGUUUGCUCUAUGCGUUUGUUGGCCCUGCAGCAGUCAUUGUUCUGGUUAACAUGCUGAUCGGGAUCGUGGUGUUCAAUAAGCUGAUGUCUAGGGAUGGAAUUUCAGAUAAGUCCAAAAAGCAGCGUGCUGGUCAGGCGAGCGAACCCCGUAGCCGACUGCUUCUCAAAUGCUCCAAGUGUGGGGUUAUCUCGAGUACAGCUCUCUCCUCCACCACCGCCAGCAACGCCAUUGCCUCUCUCUGGAGCUCUUGUGUAGUGCUCCCCCUGCUGGCUCUCACCUGGAUGUCAGCCGUGCUCGCCAUGACAGACCGGCGCUCCAUCCUGUUCCAGGUUCUAUUCGCUGUCUUUGAUUCGGUGCAGGGCUUUGUCAUCAUCGCUGUGCACUGUGCCCUUCGCAGAGAGGUGCAGGACGCUGUGAAGAGCCGCAUGGGGAUCUGUAAGAGUGAGGAGAGCGAGAACUCCCCCGAUUCCUGCAAGAACGGCCAGGCCCAGAUCAUGACAGAUUUUGAAAAGGAUGUGGACCUGGCUUGUCAGACAGUCAUUUUUAAAGAAGUGAACACAUGCAACCCUUCGACAAUCACGGGCACGCUGUCCCGAAUCUCGUUGGACGACGACGAAGACCCCAAACUCCACACCAACAUGGAAAGCCUCCACUUCUCCAGCCUGCCGGGUAACAUCCCCCCUCCUAACAUCCUGGUCCAGGUCCCGCAGAUGACUGGCUUGAACGAGCUCAACGAACAGACCCUCAAGAAAGACGUGAACCUGGACCCGCGGGGGCCCGUGUACCUAUGUACCGACAACCAUCUUCGUUCUAUGGAACUCAACUGGGCCAGGCCUCAGGAGGCCAGCUCUGAAGGGGACUACAUGGUCCUGCCCAGGCGGACAGUCAGCCUCAAGCCCUUCUCCAAGGACGAGGGCAAACCGCUCAACAUCAAGAUGGAGCACCCCACCCAGCCGGUCCUGACCCACCGGCCGGCCGAGAAGGACAUGUACCCCAAUUUCGUCUCGGUGGACCACAUCAACAUGAACCUGAACCAGUCCUACGGCACUCUCAAGCACCCCCACGGGCUGCAGUUCAAACAGCACCCCUCGGUGCGGCAGAUACUGGCCUCAGAGCUUGGGGACAAGAGCAGGACCAUGCCCCGGAGCAAGGGGAGCCCCAGCCUGACCGGGGGCUCCUUGGAAAGAAAAAGAGUACGGUAUUCUGACUUGGAUUUCGAGAAGGUGAUGCACACUCGAAAACGGCACUCUGAGCUCUACCACGAACUCCACCAGAAAUUUCACACAAUCGAUCGAUGCAGAGAACCGUCCACAGCGACUUUCAAGAGAGAAAAGCGAUGGAGCAUUUCGUCAGCAGGAGGUGAAAAGAACUCUUCGAGCGAUAAGUCAACUCCAGAUGACCAGCAAUGCUGGAACAGCUUCAGAGUAAUGACUCUAAACGCCAUGCAGACGGAGCAGAAAGACAAACUGGAACUGCAUUGCAAAGACUGGGACACACCCGGCACAGAAACUUUAGAUACAUCCGAGGGAGACUUUCAAACGGAAGUUUGAUAACAACUUUUAAUAAAAAAAGAAAGAAUGAAUGAAUGAAUGGAAGAAAGAACAAUCACACACACACAAGAAGAGGCUGCAUAACAGUAUAUAUAUUUUCACAGUGACACUUUACAACAAAGAAAAAAAAAACUUUACAAAAAAAAUCUGGAAAUGUCUUCAUUUUCAUUUUUUUGACGGAUUUCUUUCACCAGUUUGACAGAAAAUAAGGAAUAUUUCUGCACCGUUUCUUUUUUGUGACACAUGUUAAGCCGUUUAGAUUUCCUUUCGUUGUUCCUUUUCCUAUUGGAUGAUAUGAGCUUUCUCUUUGAAAAAAAAAAAGAAUUAAUUAAUAAACAAGACCAAUCCUUUUUGAAGCACUAUGCCAGCUGUUUCACUUUCAUUAAGUUGCUUUUUUUUCUUUCUUUCUGAUGCACCCAGUAAACUUUUCAAACCAUUAACAGUUGAGACAUUUAAUGUAGGGGCAUGGGAGUAGUUUGAAAUUGUUUACCGUAUUCCUUCAAAUUUAAGCUUUUUAACCAAUUUUUUAUCUAUAGUGUAUAGUGAUGACGCUGCUGUGCUGAGCAGGUAUAGGCUCCCUGGGCACGCCCCCCAGCCAAUCAGGACCCCCCGAUCAGCUCAGCUCUGGGCAAGCCUUCCUGUUUACCACAGCAGCAGCGUUUCAUUAUUAGGCUCAGUUCUAAUGAGGCCCCCGUAUUCUUCAACUUGCCAAGCAAUACAGCAGUUCACGAAAAGGGAGAAAAACAUGUGCAAGUGGACUGGAAAUGAGAAGCAGUGCAUAACUGUAGUGCUGUGUGUGACAGCAGAUGGCUGCAAACUGCCUCCAUACUUCGUUUUGAGGUGCAUUUAAACCUGUUAAUAAUUUUAGCCCCCCCCCCUCGGUUUUGGACAGGGGUGAAGCCCAGGUAAGUCCGACUUUGUAAGUGGAGGUCACAGUUCCCUUGGUCCAUGGAGCAGAGGCAGCUGGUUUAUCAAAUGUGCCACGCGCUGUAAGCAUUACUGUCUAACCUGUGUGUAUGUGUCCCGAAGGUCUUGAAGCUUGCUGAUAUGAGCCACAAACCCCUCACUGUGAACCCAGACCACUCUAGUACUCAGGAGUGUUGUGGAGGCACACAGAAGUUUGAAAAACGCAGGUGUUGUCCAGAGCUGUUCUUGCAAUGCUCUGACUUUGUGAUAGACGGUACAGGAUGCAUUGCAGUUUAUUCCUGGAAGAGUGGCUUGUUUUUCCUUGAGUGACCAAGAUAAGCUGCCUUCUAGAUGAAUAAAAAGGAAUAGAGGGGGCUUUUCUCCACUGUAGAGGGCAACAGGACAUAUAUACUGUCAAUUUCAAUUCUGAAUACUGGAAAUCAGGGUGUUAGUUACAGUAGUAUCCCUCAAGAAAAUCUGCACAAUGUUGCGUCAAGCUGUAUGACUCCAAGGCCUAUGAUGUGAAACUAGAAAAAAAAACAAAAAAAAACUUUAUUUUGCAAUUUUCAUUUGACUCUUUACCAAAGCAGAUUUUGAGAGAAACUGUGCUCACAUUGACUUGAGGAGUUUCCCCACAUAUCAUUGAUUGCUGUUGUUGUUUGUACUUUCCACCAAAAUUAUAAGAAAUUAUAAAAAUCUUGCUGUUGACUUGAACACAGUACACAACACUGAUGUGAUAAUGCCUGUUUCGAAUGGAGUUAUCAAAAUAAAAUUCUCCAAACUGUUAACAACACAUUUUGAAUGGAUAAAAAACACCAAUAACAAUACAAAAAUAAUAAAUCUACUAAGAAACUAUGUAAGACUGCACACAAGCCCUUAAAAGAAAUGUCUAGAGACGAUUUGGAGUAAUGCCUUCUGGUUCUUUGCGCCUCUCAGCAUUUUUGACCAUAACCAAGCAUGACUUUGAAGUGUCCUUGUUCUGGAAUCAACAAAGCCAUCCCUAUCCUUGGCUCUCUAAGCAUGAAGGGAGGAGAUUUGACAGAUUGACGGUAAUCAUUCAGACAAAAUGACAGCAGCGAUCAAACUGCUCUGGGUCCUUUAAUUAGGGACAUGUAGGGCAUAACGUGACAUGAAAGGGGAAAAAUGCAUAAAUAAAUGGAAAAUCCAAGAAUAAGUCACUGUUCUUACUUGAUUUCAUAUAGAAUUGUAAUGAUUUAAAAAAAAAAAAAAAUACAUUGCAUACAAAUGUUAAUAAAUAGGACCAGUACAAAAAAACAAAAAGAAUCACAUUAUACGCCCUGGUAAACACAUAUGGCUGACUUUUACAUUUGGAAGCAAGGUAACUUGUGUUUCCUGGGGUCAGUCGCAUCACCAUUACGCAAUCACCUUCUCAACACCCAUCCAAACCAUCUUAAACAUCACCUUUCUGAACGGCUCUCCUCUAUGUUCCAGCCUGUAGAUAUUUCAGCUCCAGAUCUCUGAGAGCAGGCUCUGACACCAGCUGUGCAGUGAGCCGCGAGCAUGCGUCAGCCACCAGAGGCCCCCGGCUGAGUGUGAAUUUAGAAAGGGAGGACAGCAUUGAUCCUCAAACACUGUGUAAGGCGAGCAGACCCUGCAACUACAGGACAUAAAAAGCUUCCUGAUUUAGAGAAGCAUUGCCUGAGUCCUGGCUAGCCCAGCAGUGAAGACAUUAUUGAGGGGCAAACGGCAGUGUCUGAUGUUUGUUAUUAUUACACAAUUGGGAUUUGUAUUUUUAUUGUAUUUUUUUUCAUCAAUCAAUGUAUAACACAAUUGGUUCCCCGUUGUAUAGAAAGAUGUCAAAUGUACCUCCCUCGGUUCUCACCAGAUGGCAGCAUCGAGCCUCAAGCCACAUGGCACCAAGUUUGCUAGUGAGUGUACUGUUUCUGGUAUAACUUUUCACUAUCGCAAACAAAUCCAGAGGCUGUAUUGUCAAAGGCUUGUAAACCUGCUGUAUGCAACUCCUAGAGUUUAAAGACUACCACCAAGGAUUUGGCUUACAUUGACGCUUAAAUACUGGAGAUUGUUGUUAAUUCCCGUUUGACAACAUUUUAAAAGAAUUUCAAAGGGAUUUUGGUUUUUUAAUUAUUUUGUUUUAUGUAAAAUAUGACUGACAUUUUAAAUGGUUGUGCACUUGUAAAUAAAACUUUGUCUACUUCUGUA